AGGCGAGAGAUUUCUACACUUCAAGAAGAAAAGGAGCAUCACCUCCAAAUAAUUUCUGAACUAGACAAAGAGAUAAAAAUAAAAAAUACCAGGAUCGCAGAACUCACGAAUAAAUGCAAUGUGGAGGAGAGUUCGCCCAAUGACAAGUUUAAAUUGGUUCAACCUCCCGAUUUGUUAAAAUCGAUAGAUUUUAAUUUAAGUUUUGACGAAGGUGAAGCUUCGGGAUCAGGAUAUUUCGACAAAGAAGGCAAAGAAGAUAAUGAUUUAAAUUUUUACGGUUCUGACGAGGGUGAAGCUCCGAAAUCAAGAGAUUUCGACAAGGAAGGCGAUUUAAAUUUUUACGAAGGUAGAGAAGAUAGCAAUGACAAAGAAAGUGAAGACUUUAUAAAUGAUAAUAGCUACGAUGAUCGUAAUGAAUCCGACGUUAAUGAAGGAGGUGGAGAAGAGCAUCCUUCGCCUGACGCUAAUGAAAGGAGGAGAAGGAGAGAUUUUAAUCUCCGUAUAAAAAAAAGAAUUAAUUAUAAUUAUGGUCCUUCGCCCAAAAGGCGUCGUAGAAACAAUUCU